GUCUUUGGGGUCCCUUUCCUUAUCUAUGGUCUUCUGAUGGCUUGAUAAGAUCAUCUAGAUGGCCUUUGAGGGUCCCUUUCCUUACCGAUGGUCUAAUGAAACCUCUAGAUCAGAGGUCCCCAAACUAAGGCCCAUGGGCCAGAUGCGGCCCUCCAAGGUCAUAUACCUGUCCUCUGUCCUAAACUUUAGACUUAGGGUUGACCUAAGUCUGAAAUGACCUGAAGGCACACAAAAACAAUCCUAAUCUUUUACUAUUUCAUCAUAGUCCAGCCCACCAACAGUUUGAGGAACUCUGAAUCAGCCCUCCACUUAAACAUUUUGAAGACCCCUGGUUUACAUCUUACCCUCUCAUGCACUCUGACUCCCCUUUGUGCAUCUCGGCUCCCUUGUCUACUGUGACAACUGGAAAUGUUUGAUUGGAUCCAUCUCUAAUGCUAUUUGCAAGAUCUUCUUCAAAGUUGUUCCAUGGACAGUGAACUGGAGAUUGCACAUUGCUCGGUGGAAGCACUGGAAGGAUAUACCACACUACAAAUAAUUAAUUUAGCAUUGAAAGAUGACAGACAGGGAAGGUAUAAUUUCACAUCCCCAUCUUGUUUCCCUUUGCUGUCUUCUCCUGUACUCCCCCCUUUCCUCACCAAUCCCAUCCCCUCGGCCCCUCUUUCUAUUUUCUCCGAUCAGUCCGAUGCAUAAAUAUUCCCUGUUAUUAUUAACACCAGAGGAGAAGGGUCAAUGCAGAAGGGAAAACCAUUCUCUCUGCUUUCGCUCUGAGUUUAUUGUUUUCGGCUCCCGGGGGGGUCCCGGACUUCAUCACAUUUCUGCGCUCUUCCUUAUAGGGGUUGUUCUCCCAAGGCGCCAAUGAGUUCGUCAACAGAGAUGAUGGGAAUCUGAAGAUUUAAAUUUAUAUUUCCUAGUUCCAGCUGUAAUUGGGGUUCCCAGGGGAAGCAACCUAGACAAACGACACAAAUAAAACUUGCCAGCCGCCUUCCCGUUUCAGCAUUUUUCCCAUCCCCUAAAAUAAAAGCACACCCCUUCCUUCCUUCUGCCGAAAACCCCCGGAGGGGUCCUCCAACCCAAUUACUCUUGAGCAAAAAGCUGCUGUUGUUGCUAAGGCCUGGAAUGGUGGAAAGCCCGCCAGGAGUUUGUGAAACACAUUUAGGUGAUUUAUCCCCAGCAUUUGUCUCCUGGCUUUUCUAAAGGCUCUGCAUGGAACGGAAGAGAAAUCUGGAAGGGGAGGAGAACAAGAUCUUGAGAUAAAAGGGCCGGAUGAUAUUUUCCAAGUAAGAAAGAAUCUUAAAUGUGUAAAAAAAAGAAAGAAAUUCAAUGCAUUUGUUUAUCUAAUGCAGUGAUUCCUAAAGUGGGCACUACCGCCCCCUGGUGGGCGCUGCAGCAAUCCAGGGGGGCGGUGAUGACCACAAGUAGAAACAUUAAUACAUAUAUCUUAGUUUAAUUGCUAUUAAAAUUAAAAAAAAAUUGGGCUUGUGAAACAGUAUGAGUUGGUUGGUCCUGGUGAAGGUGGCACAAAAUAAGGGGAAGGGAAGAGGGGGAAAAGGUUUAACAAUAAUAAUAAUAAUAAUAAUAAUAAUAAUAAUAAUAAUAAUAAAUAAAUAAAACAUGUAUAAGUAUAUAAAGGGGUGUAGUAGAGAGAUAUGUAGUAAAGUUGUAACGGGAAAGACAACUGAUAAGAAAUAUGCAUAAAGAUGUUUUGAUUUUGAUUUUUCUUUAUUGUUGGAUUGCAUACAAUGUGAAAUGUCUUGGAUACUGUAAAAUGAGGAAAGAAUGUAUAUUUAUACAUUUUGAAUUAUAAAUUAAUAAUAAUAUUGAUAAUAAUACAUGUAUAGGAAGAUGAAGGGUGUGUAGUGGAGAGAUGUAUAGUGAAGUUGUAAUGGAAAAGUUAAAAGACUGAUGGGAAAUAUGCUUGGGGAUGUUCUUGAUUUUUAUUUUUUUGCUGUUGGAUUGUAUGCAACGUGAUGUGUUUGACAUUUUGUAGAAUGAGGAAAAUGUGAGCUUGUACAUUUGGACUGAUAAAUUAAUAAAAACAAAUUUUAAAAAAAUUAAAAAAAAUUAAUUUCCAGGGGGCGCUGAGUAAUAUUUUUUACUGCAAAGGGGGCGGUAGGCCAAAUAAGUUUGGGAACCACUGAUCUAAUGCAACGAGAAAGUAUGGUUUAGCUUAGAAACAAAAGAGGACCCAUGAGCUUGCCCAAGAUUUGAGAGGAGACCUUGUAAUGCAUUCAGAUAAUUUCUGAGCCAAGAGUGCAUCGAUGUCAUGAUCUCCGAUCUUAUAACAUCUCCGGAUACAGAGCAAACGCUGACAAAGGACAGAUGCCAGCCAUAAAACUGGUCAGCCAUAAAGCCUCAAUUACCCUCUGGUAUGUGAGAGCCCCUAUAUAAAUGGGCUACAGAGAAGAUUCUGGUAUUCUGUACUGUCAUGCAGCCAGAUCCCAGGGCUGAAUUUCCAAGCCCUGAAUCUGACUUCAUAACAUAAACAUGCGAGCACCUGGCGGGAGAAGAUAAAAUGAGCCUGGGAACUCAGGGGUGAAAGUAUAAACAAUUAUAAUUGCUGUAGUGUGGGGGGGAUAGAAACCUUGGUGGAAAUGUGAACCAGAAGGUGGGGUUUGAUGAUGAUAUUUGCGUGUGAUAUUACGUUGCAUCAGAAGUGAUAAAAUUAGAUGUAUGUAAACAUUAGGUCAUUCUCGACUUUUCCAAAGUCAUGUAUUCUUCAAUAAAGAUUGUGUUUGAGAGCAGCUGUCUUUGAUCUGCGUUCAGACUGGUCCUUUGAAGUAAGCCUGACAUUAAAGUCGAGAAUCCCAUUUCUCACCCUCCUGCGGAAUUCGCAGUGAAGUGAUAAUGAGCGAGGAAGAAGAUCAAAGCCCAAAUGAGGCAGAGAGGCCUUUGCAAGGGGCCCGGCCGAAGAGAGAAGAGACGCUGCAAGCCAUAGCUUCCUCUACGGGGUACCCCAAGCCGAACGGCGUGACCCAGAGAAUUCCCAGGCUCGGAAGAGGCGUCUCUGCGGCUGCAGAAACCAGUUGGGGAUCUGGAGGAAGUAUGCCGGAGACCGUGGCCCUGCGGUUAUCCAUCCUGGAAACUAAUUUAUCCAGGCUGUCGGAAACCGUGGGGAGAUUGGUGCCAUUAUUGGAAGAGAAUCUCCAGAAGGAGGCCAGCCGAUAUGGCGCCGAGAGAGAACCAAGCAAAGAAGGAGAUUGGAGCCAGAGGGGCCAGCGGGCGUCAACGCAGAGCCCCGUGGCGGCAAGGGACGAGGGAGAUGAGGAAUACUGGCAGGAGCUGCAGUUCCGGGACAGCAUGGCGCGAGAAGUGGAGCGUCAGCGAGCCCUGGGGACCCUGAGGCCGCCGUCUCCAACAGAGCUCCCAACCCCCCGAAUGGGCGUCGGGGUGGAAAGGCCACUGGGGCCAGGGAUCGGGUCCAGUGGAUUCGCAGACGAAGGCGGAGAGGAGCGGGGGGUCCAGGAAGAGGAGGAGGAUGUGCCGUACGACGAGGAAAGGCGAGAUGAGGGGGCUACAGCUAGGCCAGUAUGCGGAUGGGCGGAAGAGCCGACAGCGGCGGCAGACUUCCAGGAGCCGCGCAGAAUGACCACCGGAGUGGGGCGCGGCGUGUUCCAAGGAGCCGCCCGAGGAAACCUGAUGCAACCCUUCCCCAUGCCGCCCAGACAACAUCAAAGGGCUGCAGAAUGGAUGCCUAGAAGGGAAGAUCUCAAGCUGGAAUACGGAGGGGAAUCAGAUGAACUGAACUUUUUUCUAAUUAGCAUUAGAGGAUACAUGGAAGACAACGCACACACAUUUCCCUCCGAAGCAAGCAGGGUUCGAGCCAUCGGCAACACACUAAAGCGAGGAGCGGCCAGCUGGUAUGUGCAAUUGCAUGCCAGACGCGACCCAUGCCUGAGGUCAGUGCCCCGCUUCCUCGCCGCACUGGAGAACCGGUUCAGAGACCGGCUAGAGCAAUUGAGGGCUCGAGACCAGCUGAAAGGAAUAAAACAGAGGGACAAAACGGUGCCCGAGUACGCAGAGGAAUUCCUCCACCUCGCGGAAAGGGUACCGGAGUGGUCUGAAGUAACCAAAGUGGAACUAUUUAAAGAGGGACUACGCCCCGAGAUUUUCAGCUGGGCAGCGCACAGAGACGACCCCGAGACGCUCCAGGGAUGGAUUCAACUAGCGGGGCGCGUCGAAUCUACCCUGGCCCAAGUAAAGCGCUUCAGGAGCAGCAGCGGCCAGCAAAGACCGGUGGCGAGAGGUCGAGGAGAAACGAGGAAGCAAGAAAGACCCGGAGGGAGGCCGGGGAUUCCCUCCAGAGGAGACGACAACAAACCUAAACCGGGAUGCUUUGUAUGUGGGAAGACGGGCCACCGAGCAGCGGAAUGCUGGGCCCGGAAGGGGGAGCCGCCAAAAGCCCCAAAACCCAAGCCAGCAACCGGGAGGCGUGCGGAGGAGGAGGUGCAGGCCCCAGAAUCUUCGGAAAGAUUGGACUAUGGUGAAAGAAGAACCGAAGAGGAGGACGAAGAAAACGGGGGCGCCAUGUCAUGCAGCCAGAUCCCAGGGCUGAAUUUCCAAGCCCUGAAUCUGACUUCAUAACAUAAACAUGCGAGCACCUGGCGGGAGAAGAUAAAAUGAGCCUGGGAACUCAGGGGUGAAAGUAUAAACAAUUAUAAUUGCUGUAGUGUGGGGGGGAUAGAAACCUUGGUGGAAAUGUGAUCCAGAAGGUGGGGUUUGAUGAUGAUAUUUGCGUGUGAUAUUACGUUGCAUCAGAAGUGAUAAAAUUAGAUGUAUGUAAACAUUAGGUCAUUCUCGACUUUUCCAAAGUCAUGUAUUCUUCAAUAAAGAUUGUGUUUGAGAGCAGCUGUC